CAACGUCUCUCUGCAGUUGUCCUACUAUGGUGUGAUCUCCAUUGGAACCCCUCCCCAGUCCUUCAACGUCAUCUUUUGACACUGGCUCCUCCAACCUGUGGGUUCCCUCUGUCUCCUGCUCCAGCCCAGCCUGCCGUGAGUAUAUUGUAGGGGUCUGGAGAAUACUGUUGACGAUGGGGAAUAGCUAUAUUUCAAAUUGUUUCUGAGUAGUCUCUUGUGACAGAGUUGCAAAAAACUGUUUCAUAUUGAGUACCUAGCCAGAGAAUGGGAGACUUGGUUGUGGGUUGAGGUUAUGGGCUGAGGGGAGCACCUUGAGAUUUACAGCAUAAAGGGGUUCGCUCAACACAAUGAAACAAUAGAAUAGGAGGAAUGUAUUUUUGUAUUGUCCCAUUUAGAGCGUGGAUUGUGGAAAAUAGCUCAAUACCAACGAAGAAAUGAAUGUUCAGUUUUGCAAUGGCAUGGUGUGUACCUAACGAAGAUGUUCAUGUUUUGAAUAGAGAACCAUGCCGAAUUCAACCCUGCACAGUCUAGCACCUUCUCAUGGGCCAACAAGCCUGUUUCCAUUCAGUACGGAAACUGGCAGCAUGACUGGACAGCUGGCAUACGACACUGUUUCAGUAUGUAAAUGUAGCUAGCUACACAUUAUUGUGAUACAUAUUUUAUUGACACUUUCAAAUACAACAUACUGUACAUUACAUACAAUACAACCCCCAAAUAAUAUUCCACUCAGCACCCGUCCUCCCCUAACGGUCCCAUUUUAUAACAUCACAUGCUAUAAACAAUACCCAAGCAUAUUAGUAACUGACUCCAGUAGAGUCAGCAAAGAAAUAUAAUUACUAUUUUGGGUACACUCAAUAUGGCCUCCGGUCCACACAUCACCAAACAACUGACUUGAAUGGGAAAAACCCAUUCUAGUAAUUCUAUUUCUAUGGUGCCCAGUGACUGAUGCCUGCUGUUCUGUGUUUCCAGGUGGGAGGUAUCUCUGUGACUCAGCAGAUCUUUGGUGCCAGUCAGACCGAGGCUCCCUUCAUGGCCAACAUGGUUUGCCGACGGUAUCCUGGGCCUGGCUUUCCCCAACCUGGCAGCCUCUGGGGCCACACCCGUCUUUGACAACAUGAUGACCCAGGGCCUGGUGUCCCAGAACCUCUUCUCUGUCUACCUGAGCGGGUAACAUAGUAACUGUACAAAUACACCUGGAUGGGAGGUGGCAUUUUCUCUUAGUUGUGAUAUUAAUAAAUAAGAAUGUACCAGUGAUUUUAUAUUAAAUACAAUUAUACAACUGCUUUAAUUGUCUUUGAAGGAGAGGUGACAUCCAUUUCAAAAUGUGUUGAUGAUUAAACAACCUUGUUGACCUUUUCUCCUCCUCCAAUAGAAACUCAGCAGAGGGUAGUGUGGUGUCAUUCGGUGACAUCGAGUCUAACUACUACACCGGACAGAUCACCUGGAUCCCCCUGUCCUCCGAGACCUACUGGCAGAUAAACAUGGACAGGUAGGUACACUAGUCCACACAGAGCCCAUAUCCUGGUCCAUAUCCAUACCAAUAUUCAUGUAUCAUCCCUUCAUGCCAUUACCCAGAACACAUUGGAACAGUACAUAAAAUGAACAUGCCUACUUCCAGUCUGGAGCCUAUGACAAAAUCUUGCUGUGAACUUAGCAAGUUCAUGUUUAUUUGCUCACAACAAAAACCCAACAGCAAGAAAUAUACAUACAACCAAAAGAACAGGUAAAAUCAGCUAAUAUUUGUCCUUCCAGUGUUACCAUCAACGGCAACACAGUGGCUUGCAAUGGUGGCUGUCAGGCUAUCAUAGAUACUGGUACCUCCCAGAUCGUCGGGCCAACCAGUGACAUCAACAACAUGAACAGCUGGGUCGGAGCCACCACUGACCAGUAUGGAGAUGUGAGUCACACACACACUGACUGGUACAGACAUGUACAACUAUAAGGCUUUUCACACUACUGAGCGGAACCAAGCCCAGCAAGUGGGAAGAGCAAAUAUCUGAACCAGCACAUUGUGGUUGGGGCGGCAUGGUUGUGUGAAAAGGGUAUACAUCUGUUCUCAUUGUUGUUUUUUCCCUCAAUCACUGCCUCCCCUUUGAUCAAUGUAUGCACUCACUAACUGUAAGUCGCUCUGGAUAAGAGCGUCUUCUAAAUGACUAAAAUGUCAAAUGUAAUCAACCACAGAAUAAACUAGAACAUUUUUAUUCCUCUCCUAGGCCACCGUGAACUGCAACAACAUUCCCAGCAUGCCCGAGGUGACCUUCACCCUCAACGGAAACGCCUUCACCAUCUCUGCCUCCGCCUACACCUCCCAGGUAGUCUACUGAAAUACAUGUUGUUACAUAUAACCUAUCACCUCCCAGGUAGUCUACUAAAAGACAUGUUGAUACAUACAACCUAUGACCUCCCAUGUAGUCUACUAAAAGACAUGUUGUUACAUACAACCUAUCUGCCCUAUCUGAUCUUCAAUGCUGAUGUGUUUCAAAGCAAGCUCCUUCAUCAGAGCACCUGUACAUCUGAGACUUGACCUUUCUUUUAGAUCCUAGGAGCAAAGGGCCUCAUAUGCCUGAUUUUCCUCCUCUUCCUCUCUCUAUCUCUGUAGAACUCCAACGGCUGCAUGACUGGUUUUGGAAAUGGUGGAACUCAGCAGCUCUGGAUCCUUGGAGAUGUCUUCAUCAGGCAAUACUAUGCCAUCUUUGACAGGCAGAACAACAGUGUCGGUCUGGCCCAGGCUGCGUAAGAUAUCCACUGAGAGAUCCACUAGAUCAACAGAGAUCCAUUGAUCCCAAAGAUCCUUAAGGGCUAGAUGUAAUCUGUACUGUGUAAGUACCGUGUUAUAGUGGGAUUGAAAUUGAAAAGUAAUUUAUGAUUGAGCCGACAUAUGCAGCAUUUACCGUGAAUGCAGUCUCUGCUAAUGUGAGAACAUUGCCUUUAAAUUUAAAUUGUGCUAAAACGCAGAUCUUCCAAAGUCUGGAUUAAAUCUAGGCCUAAGUCUUCCAGUUAUGUUAUAUAUGUGAUUA